UUGGGAGUAAGAGGGGAGGUCUCCCACAGUCACCCCUCCAUCCCACCACCUCAAGUGCUUGUCCAGGGAGAGACUGUGUCGUGCAAGAAGGAGGAGGAGGAGUUGGGGGGACUUUGGUCCUGGAUAGCACAGGGGAGGGUGGGCGUUGGGGGGGUUUAGGUCUUAGCAGGGGAUGAUCACAUACGUGCGCUGCCUCUCCUCAGAGCCGGUGGUCAGCUGCUGGCACAGGGCCUGCUAUGAGGACCCCUCUGGCGAGAAGCGAACUCUGUGCUCCUUCUUGCCCGCCAACAAGAUGGGGAACAGCCUCCAGCCCCAGGCGUUUCCAAGCCCCAGGCCCGCCAGGCCAGAGGGCUGCCUGCGCAAACGCCUACUUUCGGUGUCAAAGGUGCAUCAGAAGGCGGACUCUCUCUGGACACCUAAACCGCUGCUUGGACCAGACGUCAAAGGCUCGCCAGGGAAAACGCUAACCUUCCCGGAUGACAAAGCGGUGUCUAAUCUGGAUGAGGAGAGCAAGUGGACGGUUCAUUACACAGCUCCGUGGCACCAGCAGGAGAACGUCUUCCUACCAGGCAGCAGGCCGCCCUGCGUAGAAGACCUCCACCGUCAGGCCAAAGUCAAUCUCAAGACCGCCCUGCGAGAAUGUGACAAGUUGAGGAAAGAUGGUUUCCGGAGCUCUCAGUACUACUCUCAGGGUCCCACCUUUUCUGACCCCUUACAGUCCACCAGCAGCCUGCAGGAUGAGGAGGAGGAUGACAAUGACAAGAAGUCAACAGCUUCAUCAGCGGAAGACGAGAAAUCCCAGCUCUCCAUGAGGCCCCAGACCCCGCAGGGAGGGGAGGGGUAUGAGGUGGACGGGCAGGUUGUAUGGAACAAGAGCACACCCCUCCCCACCCCGGAGGAGAAGAUGAGGCUGGCGGCUCAGGCCGUGCCCACAGCCAUAGUUCCCAUCAACGUCACAGGGGCAGUGUUUGACCGACAGGCGAGCAUCCGGCGCUCCCUCAUUAACACUGACACCGUGUCCCGCCGUCCCAAGAAGGUCAAACGCAGAAAGACUAUAUCAGGGCUGCCUGACAACUUCAACCACGAGCUAGCAGCAAAAGGACACGGCGGAGAGCUCCGGCCGCAUUCCAUGUUCAUCCCAGGACAGUACUCCACCUUGGGCAGAGUUGGGAGUGUUAACUCAACGCUCCGACGUUCAGACACUAGAGACUCCGGCUGCCAGACGGAAGAAGUGAAAAUUGUUCCCCCGUCCAUGAGAAGAAUCCGGGCUCAGAGAGGACAGGGAAUUGCGGCUCAAAUGGCCGGCCUCUCCACCUCCUCCUCAACAGGAAGUAUAUCCAUCUCGAGUAGCGACAGCUCUGGGAUCCUGAUGCUGCCGCAGUACAACAGAGAUCCCUCCCGUUUUCACAGUCUGCCCCGACAGGGCGCCAGGGUGUCCCUCAGUGCUGACCCCAUCUGUAGCAGCACCCCGAUCAAGGCAGGGGAGCAAACUACACCUCAGAGGCAGAUUGGAAAGCUUCAGGUUGACGACACUGUGGUGCACAUGAGAAACGCCCCGAGGACAGGCACCCUGCCAAGGCCCAAGUCUCAGGAGGUGAGGGGGACACAGGCCAGUGAUUGGGGUGGUGGUCCGGCAUGUGUGGUCUCACCACAUGCUGCCUACUCCACCUCACUCAUCCCCAACGCCACCCUGUCUUGCUCCACUGAGGUCAUUACCCUCAACACCUCGGGUCAGCUCCCCCACUCUCCAGCCUCAGCUUACCCCACAGCUCGACCCCUCAGUAUGGCUUCCUCCAUCAACGCUGACUCCAGUCCAGCAGGCUUUUCCCACAGCUCCACCUGCCCAGCCUUGGCUACUUCUACCCCCACUCAUACACCAAAGGAUAGCGGUCUGGUCAUCACAGCACCUGCUAGCGAGUCAGGGCAAUCGGACAGCAGUAUACACAGCCACAGCACCUUGGCCCCAACGCCGCCAUCCUGUCUGCCAGAGGAGCAGUGGGUCUACGACACGCCAGAAAACGUGGUGGUUCCACACCGCACUCUGACCUCCAGCUGCUCCACUCCUAUAAACCAGCUGUAUAGCAGCCUGGACCUCUCCUCCAGGACCACUACUGACUCCAGCUCCCUCUAUUCCCAGGACAACGAUGGAUACUACACCUCCAUGCACCUGGACUCAGGCCUGCGCUCUCGCAGCCAUGGCAGCGGGCAUGGCGCAGCACCUGGAAGGGCCACCAGGCACAGCAUGUACGAGUGCCGUGAGAUGGCCAAUCAGGAAGACUCUGGAAGCUUGUACAGCGAUCGCUCUCUGUCCCGCAGCAUUUCCCUCCGCAAGGCCAAGAAGCCGCCGCUGCCCCCAGCUCGUACAGACUCUCUCAGACGCAAGUCUGGCCCAAAAAAGCCCCUUGGAGGCGUUAGCGCCAUCAGCGGAGCUAACGAGCCAAACGGAACCAUGCUUAAUGAGACUCUAAUUGCCAGCUUGCAGCAAAGCCUACAGAUGGGGCUGAGAGGAGGGAAAGGAAAAGGAGCUUCACCUUCUUCACCCUCUCACAGCCCAAGCAGCGACUAUGAUGACCCCUGGGUGCUACGGCCACGCAGUCAGAGUAGCGUCAGUGCAGGUAGUUCUGCAGCAUCACUAGCAGCUAACGCCAACUGUGGCGGUGUGUCUAACGUAUACUCGCUAUGUCAUGUGACGCCCGCUCACAGCGACACCAGCAGCUUGCGCUCGGACUAUGCUGAUUCCUGGGGCUACUAUAUGGACUACCCUCGUAACCACGGAGACCAGAGGGCACAGUCCCCUCCGGUCCAUGCCACAGAUAACAUGUCGGCUGGUGCUCACCCAGGAGAGCUUCAGAAUGGAGGUGAGAUUCUCAACAACAGCCAGGCCCCUGGAGCUCCAGGCCAGGAGGAGGGGGUGGCAGUGAAGCCCAAAAUGUCCACCUCCUCACCGGACAGGGUGCACAGGCUGACCUCACCAUCCAGCGGAUACUCCAGUCAGUCCAACACCCCCACAGCUGGAACGCCAGUGCCCUCAUUCGUCAGGUCCAUGUCACCCUCAGGCAGCCGGCCCAAGCCCAAAGUGCCCGAGAGAAAGUCCUCUCUCCUCUCCUCUGUAUCCAUGUCCUCCUCGUCCACCUCCCUUUCCUCCAACACCUCAGACUCACUUAAAAGCUCCGGACCUCCUCCGCCACCACCUCCACCCUUGCCCCUCUCCUCCUCAGCUCCUACCACCCCUCUCAGCCCACCUCCACCCUUCCCUCCCCCUCUGCUGCCAUGCUCCAGUGCAGGCACUCCUCCACCAGCUCCCCCGUUACCAACCACUCCACAGGGUCCAACUCUCAUCCCACCCCCUGCUUGCUCCACCUCCCCUGAAUUCCCUCCUCCUCCAUCCCCUGAAAUGCUAAUCCCCCCCAGUUCAUCCUUCAAUGGGAGCUUCAGUCCUCCCCCUCCACCUCCCCCUCCCGUCCCCUCUAUGGGGCCCCCUCCACCUCCUCCACUGCCUGCUUUUGUCCCACCAUCCUCCUCCCCAUCUUUUGUGAAGCCAGUGAAAGAUGCUCCUAAACCAGCUCUUCCCAACAGCCCCACAAAGUCACCUAAACCCCUCAUCACCCCGUUUGCGCUGCAAAGUGUUCAGCUUCGCUCUGUUAAACGGCCAGAAAAGGAGAUUAACGGCCAAUCAGACGACGACACCAAAGCUCAGGACACAGGGGUAGACCUCAUUCAGGGUCUAAAGCCCCAGAGCCUGGAGCAUCCCACUGUGACGCACCUGUCAAACUGCUCCCCAGAAGAAGAUUCACGUAACUCCUCACCAUCGCCUGUGUCAAAGCUCUUAGAAGAGUUGUCUUUCGACUGCAGUAUCACAGAUGACAAGCUAGAUAGUGCUGUCAUAAACGGGAAAGCCGAAGAUCACUUUCUUUUAAAUGGAAAAGAAAUAGCUGAAGGGCAGGAGUCAUUCCCGAGUCCCCCACAGAGCUCUCACAGCUCUCCUGUCAAACAGAAGCCCCCCGCAGUCUCGAAGAAACCCCAAAUCUCUUUUCUCCCACCAUUUAGCCCUCAACCAAUCAAUGAACAGGUUCCACCUCAGCAGGAUGAUACAACCAGCCUGUCACAAGCAGAGGAUCAAGUAGAUGCACCGCUAAAACAAGUGAAGAAAGAAGAGAAAGAGAGUAAAAGUGAGCAACAGGAGGAAGAGGAAGAGAGCUAUGAAACAUCCACGGUGACCCAGGACGAGUCUGUCAGCCAGGAGACAAGUCCACACCAUGGAGUGUGCACCAAUGGAGAGGCUCAUGACGAGGAAGAUGAGGAGGGAGAUGGAGCAAGUAGCACGACUGGAUCCAUCAGCUCCAAGGAGGAGGACAGUGGUGAGGUGUUCUACUCCAGUACGGCUGAAUCGUCUCCAGCCCCGUCAGCCAACGGGGCCUCCGAGGAGAAAAUGGUGACCCCAACUCCUUCGCGGCCCCGAACCACUGAGGACCUUUUUGCCGCCAUCCACAGGUCAAAGCGCAAGGUCCUGGGUCGCAAGGAGUCUGAGGAGGACAAGUCCCGGGCUACGAGCCAACCACACUCUCCGCCCGUCACCCCCACAGGUGGUUCCCCAGGAACGGUGUCCUCCUUGCCCCGCCAGGCAGGCUCCAUCCAGCGCAACCUCCGCAAGUCCUCCACCAGCAGCGACACCUUCAAGGCCCUUCUCCUGAAGAAGGGCAGCCGCUCAGAGACCAGCUUCAGGAUGUCGGCCACUGAGAUGCUUCGCUCCACGGACCCUCGCUUCCAGAGAACGCACUCCGAGUCGGCGUUGGACUCCCCUGCUGCUUCACCCUCCUCACUGUCGGCGCCACACAGCCCCUGCACCUCCCCCGGCCGUGGUAAGAGGGCAACAGAUGAGUGGAGCCGCUACGAGGCCUUGGCUCUGUCCUCGCCGACUUCAUCCUCCUUUUCAAUGAGCGGGUUUAAGUACGGGCGCUCACGUACACCGCCAUCUGCUGCCAGCAGCAAGUACAACGCACGCAGCCGAAUCCUCAGCAGCCCAAUGACUGUAAUCUGUGAGCGUGAGGGGGAGCUGGCUGAGAGCGAGUACGGGGACACUGCAGAGAGUCCGACCGGACCCACGGCUCAGACUCUUCCUGUACUCAAUAACUCCAAUGGCACUUUAUCUGAAGAGAGCAGAAGUUAAACAGCAAUGACUGCCCCUUAGAUACAGGGAGCUGAACUCACUCGUCAUAACCAGGUAGGGGGCAGGAAGAGGAGCCGAUAGAGACACCUUCCUGAGCCCCACCCCCUCGGUGCUGCCUCUGAGGGAGUGGACAUGUCGGGUCCUGUUGUGAGGUCAGAGGUCGCCCCGUCAUGGACCGGGCUGGACUUAGUCUGAAGUGGAGAACUGGUUCUGCUGCAGCUUUUCAUGAUUUUCACUCUGUCCUUCGUUUGGUGACUCACCCUUUGUGUUGAAAGAAUAGCGUUUCUUUUUACGCCCGGUGUUCUUAGUUUGUUUUCCAUUUGUUUUGCUGUUUUCUUUUAUUGUCCUUAACACGCUGGAAUCUUCUAGUUUCUUUGAAGGACAACGUUCAGGUGGAAAACUAAAGGUGAAUUGAAGGAUUUGAAAAGUCACAAGUUGUAACUUUGCUGCUGUGGUGCUACGUAGCUAGGCAGUUGAAAAGAGUGGAAUGUAGAGGCGUGCUGGCCGGACGGACUCUCGCCUUGUGAAUCUUCUCGGCUUCUCUUCUGUUGGCUCUGGAAAGUGUUCGAGAGCACCACGGUUUGCAAGCAUCGGCUUCAAACAGCCCGUAUCGUUGUGGAAAGAACCCGAGGAAGACGUGGUACAACAGCCAGCUCCACGGUACAACUUCAGCUACGGUUACCACCAGGUUUUGCUUUCUGCUCUUUGGUCAGAGGUUUAGUUUGCAGAGCUGGUAUGUUCAGUGGUCCACAGGAAGUGCAGAGGGUUCAGUGCUGUCACCUAGUGACGGGCAGGAAAUAAACAACUGAGUGUAAAAAGACUCAACCAAAACAGCAAAUUUACUCUAUAAAAAAGGCUCAUAAAACCUUUAUUAAUUGAAUUUUAGUUUGUAGAUUUUGCACUGUGCAUAGGUCUUUUUCUUUGUUUGUGACUUAAAAACUAUGUUUUAAAGAUUGUUUUAAUAAACAGGUGAUGUCAUGACUUGUGUUUGGGAGUUAAGUAUGAAUCUAUAAAUGUAAAGACAGAAAGAAUAAGAGCUUAUUUACAGUCCGGGUCUACUAGCGAACAUGUUGGUUACCAAAGAGCUUGAACAUUAACUGCUGGCCGUUAAUCUGGAAGUGAACACAAUCUGAGAGUGUCUGACACACACAGUCGUCGCUAAGUUUGCCGAGACCUGCUAGAAGCUUUUAGGGCUUAAAUGAUUUCUAUAACGCCGUUGAUCUUUCUGCUAAGUUUUAUCCUUUUGCAGUUUUAUAUGAUUCUGUAUGUAAAUAUAUAGAGAAAAAGGAGUUUUAAGUAACAUUUGGACUUAUUUUCAGACUGUACAUGUGUAGAGCCCUGUGUUUGCUGGAAGGGAGUGGUUUCCUUUUUUGUAGAUUAUUUAUUUUCACAUAGCAGGGCUGCAAAAGGUGUCACGAUCGGAGUCAACCAGUGAGGUGAUGGAGGCACAGGGAAGGGGUUAGGAGGGCCACAUUUACUGAGCUGACCCCACCAGGCCAUCUCUUUCUUUUUUAAAAGGUGCUCCAGAGUAACAGAAAUGCAAUAAUGUCAAUAUUUAUGCUAAAGCCUUCUACUGCCCUUAAUCUCGAGUCAUGCAAAGCGCACGCUGGUGCUCGCAGCUGAGUAAAUGUGGUCUCUUAAGAGUCAUAAACUGAGGCGACAGGCGUGAGACUUGAUAACCUCCUAACAGCCAUAACACCCUGUGGUUUAAUCACCUGUGACCAGUGUGUCUCCCAGCUCCCGCCCGGCCGUGAUCGAGCACUUGGGGCCCGGGCUUGUGUCAUGACAGGAAAACGUCUCAAUCGCAGAGAGCGUGUGAAAAGACGGGGGAGGACAGAAGACGUAGUGGGAGUGGAGCUGCUAACGCUCUUGUGUAUGUCUGUGUAAUAAAAACAAGGUGAUAUUUAAAGAGUGGGUUUCUGUGUCAUCUCUGUGUGUGUGUGCAUGUGUGUGUGCGUGAGUGAUUCACGGCCAUCUGCCAACCCAGCACCCCAAAUCACAGCCUCAUUAGUGCCGUCGCCAUGGCACCCACACUCGUCUGUCAUCUGGAAAGCUCCAGAGGCCAUCGUUUACCCCUCCCUCCACCCGCGGGGUCAUCAGUUAUGUCUCCUUCUGGACAUCCUAUUAGGACACACACUGAAUCACAGGCUCAGCCCACAAUAGACCUCUCCACUGUUGAACCACCUCGACUGUCUGAAUUACACUUCGUAACCCACCACUGAAACCUCUCAACAUUACCCGCACCUCCUCGCUGCCUCUUCAACGCCUCGGCACGUCGAGUGCUCGUCCCCAAGGGUACAGAAACACUCAGUAUUUACAAUAUGUUCCCUCCACCAACACUUCAGCAGAGUCACCUGCUCCGUGACGCUGUGUCCAUCUGGCUGUCAGACAGGGAUCAAUACAAGCUCCUCCCAGCCAUAAUCACACUAUUGACACCUCAAUGCUUCCCUUCUCCUCCGUGCAGUAGGAUGUGACCGUUGAGACAGAAUGACUGUAUUGACUGAACACAGUGAAAGGUCCAGGAGUAGUUACCACCUGUGUUUUUGGUGUUCAAAAGUCUUCUGCUGCAAUUACUCAGCCAUAAAAGGAAUACUUCACCACCAAAAUGACAAUUUGUAUAUAAAUUGUGGUAAUCAAUUACAUUUAAUUUGUUAAAAAAUGUUUCUCGCACAUCUUGACAGUAAAUGGAGAAUCUAAAAACUGAAGAAAGUCUUCCAUGACCUCAUUUAAACAGCAAAACUCGAUCAAAACAUCAGUCCUCAAACUCCUGAACUAAACUGAAAUUGACACCUACUGUAUCUAUAAUCUCUUCAAAGCCAGACUCCAUUGACAAAAACAAUUAAUUUACUAGGGAUGCAUGAUAACAUAAGAACAUCAUCUGUAUCGGCCGAUGUUGGCUUUAAAAUUCAUUUAUACAUUUAAACCUUUAAGACUUAGGGAAUCAAUUGAGAGAGACCCCCAUUUUCAGUGAUGCCGGGCAUGUAAGCAAACAUAGAACCACCAUGCAUAUCAAUUAAAACAGAAAUUAAACCAAACCAUACAAAACAACAAUUAGCUACAUGAUCGCUAAAAGUAGAAAGCAUUUACACUCAAAACAAGAUCUGAAAUAAGGCAUGUAAACAGCCAUAAGGGUGGCAGAGUGUCCAGGGUUAAGGUCUUUUGCAGAUUAUUCUGUGUAUAAAGGUGCACUGUAAGAAAAUGAUAUGUGAGCUAUCCUGUGAGCGAGUACCGAGGUUAUGUGAGGUCAGAGUUAAAAGGGAUUAAAUACAGGGUGGAAGCAUCUGUAUCAAAGCUUUAUAAAAUGAACACAGCCAAAUAUAUAUAUAUAUUUUUUAGAUACAGAGACGACUGGUUGCUCUGUAUAAUCAAGCGCAGAUCAAAACCUUGUGCUCACAGAGAACAGGUAACAGGAUACACAGGAAAGCACUCCAAAAAUAUAGAAAACCAGGAAGGAAGUAUGAAAAAGCCUUUACCAUAGUGGCUAAAUCACUAAAGGAGCCGACAUGUUUCGACCACUGCAGGUCUUCGACAGUGCCUUAAAAACGACUUUAUACAUCUGUUUUACAAAGUUCUUAAACCACCAAUUUUUCAAAUUUUAAAAAGGAAACAUUCUGUCAAAACGCUUAUAAAUCAGACAAUGAAAUAAUAGUACUACACAAAGCAAACACAAAAACAUGGUCUUAAACCAGGGUGUUACAUAAGGAAGUCUACAUAAAUGAAAAUAUAUAUAAAAAAUAAAGAUAAUCUGGGUUACAAGCAAGAUAAAGAGGUAUAUUCAGUCAGAGGUUGCCUAAUCUUCCGUAACAUAUGGAUCAGUAUCACUAAUCGGCCAAAUGAAUUGGUAUACUGCAUAUCAAAUAUCAGCAAAAAUCCAACAUCGUGCAUCCCUAAAUUUUGCCUUGCUGAACAUGAGAGCUGCUGGUCUACCGCUGCAUCGAUUGUUAUUACACAGUUUUCAGCACUGCACUGCAAGCCAGGCGGCCCGCCUGCUCUAAGCAUUGGGGAAUUUUUUUUAAUGUAUUAUUAAGAUGUUUUUAAACUACAGCAGCCUGGAGAGUAACAGAAAAACACCCUGCUAAUGUUACAGUGAACAGAAUUGAAAAUGAAACUGACUGCACACACACACACAGCACAUCACAUUUUGUCCUUGGCAACAUGCUGCUCCUCCCAAUGACAGCUGCAUCUUGUCCAGUAGACACACAGGCUAGCAGGGCUGUUUGUAGCUUUAUGGGGGCCAGAAGAAAAAUGUUGCUGCUUACUUAAAUUGUUCUGUGUUUAGAGUUUACUCAUACAGAUCUGUUUCUUUUUACCAAUACGUACUUAUUAUGUUGCUUUGUUGCUUCCUGUUUGCACUCCCCCUUUACUGCUGCAACUUUCCCCACUGUGGGACGAAUAAAGGAUUAUCUUAUCUCUCACAAAAGAACUUAUUUUAAUUCAACUUAGCUGCAUUGUUAACAUCUACAUUUAAAACAAAAUCAGUGAGGUAAAAUUACUGUUUUUGGCAGUGGAGUCUGGCUUUGAAGAGAGCAUAGAUAAGUUUCACUUUCAGUUCAAUUCCCUGUUGGAAAGGGCUGUCUGUUUGAGAAGUACUGAGCGUACGACUGGAUGAAUGAGACUUGGAUUAUACUGCGCAAGUUGUGUGAGAGUUUGUGAACAAUUGUUUUGAUAUAGUUUUGCUGUAAACAAACCCCCAUGACUUCAAUUCAUCAAAAAAUGUCUCUACUUUUGGACUCUUCAUUCACCGGAGGCAUGUGAGAAAAACAAAGCUUUCUUCACAAAUCCAGCGUAACACUGGAUGAGUGAAUUAACAUGACUCAUCAUAACCCAUUUCUGAGGCAUCUUAUCUUCUCCCCAGAAGGGCAGGGUUAUAAAAACAUAUAAGUAUAUUUAACACACAUGCGAAGAAAACAACCACUAACACAAAUACUGGCCUUCAUAAAAAUCACAAUCAUACGACUUGUUAAAACUGCCACAAACUGACUGAACCAGUCCAGCUCAUGUGUCGGCAGAAACAUUUUGAAGUAUUUUCACAUGUAUCCUGACUCGAGGUCUCCAAAUCUCUCCAUCAGGCUGGAGGGGGAAAUAAAAUUAAAAUACACGACUGGAAUAAAACAGUGAGCCUCAUUAUAGGUUUCCUAUCCGCUGCCAUGUUUCACCUCACUGAGCACGGCCGAUGAGAUCGAUCUGACUGGUGAACAACAGAUGAAGUGUGUGUGUGUGUGUGUGUGUGUGUGUGUGUGUGUGUGUGUGUGUGUGUGUGUGUGUGUGUGUGUGUGUGUGUGUGUGUGUUCAGAGGAUAAAAAAAGAAGUUGUUUCUGCUGAGCGUCUGAACAUGAUAUUGGGAACAAUUGUGCCACAAAUAAAAAGAAUGACUCAGCAGACGUGAACCUGACGGCGGGGGAGAGAGAGAGUGAGAGGACAAGGUGAGAGCGGAUAAAGGGCGAAGUGAACUGUGGCGAGGAUUUCACCCGGCGGAUAAAAAGGUCACAGUGAUCAGAGUGUGGAGGACGGACUGAACUGUAUCCACUACAGAUCAGAUAAACAGCUCACGCUGAGGCGCUCUGCUGUUUGUGAUCCACACCACAUGAAGGAAUCCUGUUCGGAAAUAAAGACGACUGAAACAUAAUUUUAUAAUUUUGUAAUAAAUUAAUAGGUGUAUUUAUUAUUGAUGAGAUAAUAAAUGUUACAUUCUUAAACAUCAUUUGGAGGGAAGUAAUAUCUCCCAUGAUUCAUACAUCAGUGCAGUGCUUAUGUCAUCAUUCCCUCAUUAAGUACCAUUAAAAACACACAACGUCUGUCAUGAGCUCUGAAUGUAAACAUGAUUUAUGAUAAUAUGGUUUAAUGUGUAAAAGGACGUUAACUCAGAUUUAAAAGGCACAGUGUUAAUGUUAGCUUAUAAGUGUCACUCUUUGUUAAUAUCUAACAUCCACCAACAGAGGUGGGGCCAAGUCACAAGUAAGUCCCAGGUCCUAAACUUUGACUUUGGGAGUCCUAAAUGAGUCAUAACAUGCUCUUCACCAAAUGUAAUGCCAUUUUAACAACAGAGUACUUGUUAAAAUUAGUUUAUUAUAAGUUGUUGUGUCUCCGUCUGUUAUAACCUGCACAUUUUACAUACUGCAAUUCUUUAUGUUGACCACAGCGUAGUUUCUGUACACAAACAAAAUCAUCUUUGUUAUCACAUUUUUCAAAUGGCGCUCAGUAACGUAACGUGCUUCAUGGUUCUCUCCUGCAACUUGAUCGGAUGCUGUCGGAUUGCUUCAAACAAAGUGAAUCUGGAGAAUUUAGAGUCAUCUUGGUGGGGAUGAAUUGUGUUGAUGCAAGUUGAUUCGGGACAUGAAUCGUUUUAUGGCACACUUUAAUCUUUGGGCUUAGAGGAAUGUGUCAGGUAUUUUCAAGUCAAAUGGCUCGAGUCUAAAUGAAGUCCCGAGUUACUGGUGUUAAAGUCCAAGUCGAGGUACAAGUCUUCGUGGUUUUGUCAAGUCUCAUGUCGUCAAAUUUCUGACUUGGGUGACACUUAAUUUGGAUAGUCCACCUACAGAUAGUUUAUAGAGUUUAUUUAGAGUAUUCAACAGCUUAUUUUAUGAGAUUCAACAAUUCAGCUGUUUCACUUUCUUCUUUAGAUGUUUAACAAAUUAUCUUUACAAUAAAUGGAGACAAUUCACUACAUAUUCUUAUAUUAAUUUAGUUGAAUUUGAUCUAUUUGGUUGAGUAAACAAGUUCCACUAGAUCAGUGGUUCUCAACUGGUGGAUCGCGGUCCAAAAGUGGGUCACAGGUCCAUUCUGAAUGGACCGCAAGUGACUUGCAAACAUGUCAAGUUUGUAAAAAACACAUUUUAUUUUGAAGUACAGAGAAUUUCCAGCACAGAGCUUUUAUUUUAUAGUGCUGUUUCCUGCUGUGGAGUGAGUGACUAAUGGAAAUCUACUGAACAGAGACAGUAAACUAGCUCAAGGCUGUUGCCGCAGCGGCCCGGGUUCGACUCCAGCCUGUGGCCCUUUGCUGCAUGUCACUCCCUCCCUCUCUCUCUCCCCCUUUCACACUUGUCUGUCCUAUCCAUUUAAGGCUAAAAAUGCCCAAAAAAUAUCUUAAAAAACAAAAAAAAAAACAAUCAGUUUGAGUGAUUAUUUAGAAAAAGACAAAUCUGAUUCCAGCUUCUCAAAUGUGAAUAUUUCCUGUUGUCUAUGUUUCAUCACUCCUCUAUGACAGUAAACUGAAUGUCUUUGGGUUGUGGACAAAACAAAACAUUUGAGGACUUGGGGAAACAUUGAUCGCAUCAUUCACGAUUCUCUGACAUUUUAUAGAUCAAACAACUAGUCGAUUAAUUGAAAAAAUAAUCUGACAUGGAAAAAGUCACAUGGCUGAAUUGUUGAAUUUCAACUAUCUGUAGGUGGACUAUCCAAAGACAGUGUCACUGAAACUCAAGUCCACAUCUCUGCCUAACAGCACACAGGCAUGUGACUACACACUCAGUUUACCAGGGGAAAGGUUUUUUGUUGAGACUGCAGUAAUGCAGGUAUGACUGGUCCAGAUUUACAAUGGCUCAGUUGCUCAUCGUAUCAAGUGCGAUAGCGGUGACAGGAAGUGAGGUCUGAGAUCAGAUAAGGGGGAUCCACCAACAUUUUGUCAGGCAGGCCGUCAGAGUCACCUUCACAGCAGCAACACUGACUGACAGGAGGAAGAACCUGCUGUCAGUGUUUGCAGGUGACCUACAGAGUUAACGGACAGGUUCGUUUUUUGCCUUCAAGUUUAUCUCAACACGUAUCUCAACACCAUCUGUACACUGAAAGCGUGAUCGGUCGCUGUAAUGAUUCCUCCUGUCCAAAGGAGAUCUCAAUGUCAGUGACGGGGGACAAAGUCUACAGUCUGAGUCCGACAUGUAAAGUGAAUGUCCAUAUUAAAAUGAGUCCUUUUGUAAAAUAAAAGCCCCUCUGUCAUGAACAAUGUUUCCUUGCUGAGCUGCACUAACAAAAAGAGAGUAUGUUUUACUUUUCUUAAAAAAAUGUUGAGGAAAAUGUUGGUAUUUUUCAACCUUUACCCUAUCUCGGGUCUGAGUAACCAAUGGGAACAACCACUUUUAAAAAGGGGUCCAGUAUUGAGUGACAGCGCUGCAGCCGGCAGCUGCGAAACAGGCUACGAUGUAACCCCUCGGGGAAUGUUCACACCUGUAUGUCCACUACAAGUGUUUUUUUUUGCUACUGACAGGCUCACAUUGUUAUUAUAAAUGUCUGACAACAUUAUGGAAAGGAUCCCUACAGAGACGGACGUUAGGCCUGUACUACGAAGCAGGAUUUGGAGUUAGCGUGAUAACUUCAGGAUUAACUCAGGGUUUGCAGUCCUAUGAAGCUGGUUCCCUUUUUACCAGAAUAAAUCACCGUGGUAACUUAUGCUUAACAGCUAACCUGCUCCGGAGUAUCGGAUCACAGGCUGUCAACACCACGACCUCUGACCAAUCAGAUCACUGAAGAAAAAAGUAUCCAUGGACCAAAGUC